AUAUAAUCUUUCGUCGCCUAUACAUACGCAUUGAGCCUUUUAUGACUUCGCCGGAACACCAAUGGACGCGUCGGAGACCCAGCGUAUGACUUCCACUUACCAAAACAUCCUCGUGCUCAGGCAUGGCGACCGCAUCGACCAUCUGGAGCCACUGUGGGCGGCAACAGCGGCGAGGCCGUGGGACCCGCCUCUGGUGCCUGCGGGGAUGGCCCGGGCCUUCUCCACCGGCCGGAAGUUCCGCGCCGAACUCCGGUUCCCGAUCCACCGGGUGAUCGUAUCCCCCUUCCUCCGCUGCGUGCAGACCGCUUCCGAGGCCAUUUCGGCCCUCUCCGCUGUGGACGACGGCGUCGAGUCCUCCGACGGGAUCGCGACCGACCACCCCAAUCUCAAGGUCUCUAUCGAGUAUGGACUAUGUGAGAUGUUGAACAGAGAAGCCAUAGCCCUCGAUGCUGCCCCUAAAGAUGGAAACUUUGAUUUCAAUAUAUCAGAGCUGGAAGCUAUGUUUCCAGCUGGGACAGUGGAUCACUCUGUGGAACGAGUGUAUCUAGAGUUGCCACAGUGGGAAGAAACUGAAGUUGGCGCAGCGGCUAGAUAUGCACAUAGUGUGAAGGCCUUGGCAGAUAAAUUCCCCUCUGAAAAUUUAUUGCUUGUCACGCAUGCCCAGGCAAUUGCAGUUACAGCUUCUGCAUUCUUGAAGAACAGUACAAUACAUAGCAUAGAGUACUGCUCUUACUUGCACUUGAGAAGACCAAUCUCCUUGGAUGCAAAGGAGUCAUUUGCUCCUGGAAACUUUGAGCUGUGUGAUCAAAGAGGUGUCAACUACAUCCCUUCUAGCGUUACGACAAAUGAUCCUUUGUCUCAGCCAAACGUCAUAUAAACGAUUCCUUGUCUCAUCUUGUGUGUUGAAAUUCUUCCCGUGGAGUCCUAUUCUGGUUCUCUGCAAACUUAUGAACUCUUUCCAUGUUCAACUUACAAGGUGAUAAAUGGAAAUAAGAAAGGAAAAUGUAUCAAUUGUAUUGGGUAACUUAUGGAAGCCUAGCUGACAUUUCAAAAUGCAACAAUAAGAUGAUUGAUGAAGAAUGUUUUGUGAUGAAAA